AUGACUGAAUAUCGUGUAAAUUUCACCAUCAAUGCGACUGGUCAUCUUAUCUUGACCUUUAUGUAUCAAGUUAUCCGGAAUAGGGAGACAGAACAGGGGGACAGAACAGGGGGACAGAACAGGGGACAGAACAGGGAGACAGAACAGUGGGACAGAACAGGGGACAGAACAGGGGGACAGAACAGUGGGACAGAACAGGGGGACAGAACAGGGGGACAGAACAGGGGGACAGAACAGGGGGACAGAACAGUGGGACAGAACAGGGGGACAGAACAGUGGGACAGAACAGGGACAGAACAGGGGGACAGAACAGGGGGACAUAACAGGGGGACAGAACAGGGGGACAGAACAGGGAGUCAGAACAGUGGGGCAGAACAGUGGGACAGAACAGGGGAUAGAACAGUGAGACAGAACAGGGGGACAGAACAGUGGGACAGAACAGUGGGACAUAACAGGGGGACAGAACAGUGGGACAUAACAGGGGGACAGAACAGGGGACAGAACAGUGGGACAGAACAGGGGGGCAGAACAGGGGACAGAAAAGGGGGACAGAACAGUGGGGCAGAACAGGAGACAGAACAGUGGGACAGAACAGUGGGACAGAACAGUGGGACAGAACAGGGAGACAUAACAGUGGGACAGAACAGGGAGACAGAACAGGGGGACAGAACAUGGGGACAGAACAGGGAGACAGAACAGGGAGACAGAACAGUGGGACAGAACAGUGGGACAGAACAGGGAGUCAGAACAGUGGGGCAGAACAGGGAGUCAGAACAAGGAGACAGAACAGGGGGACACAACAGGGGACAGAACAGUGGGACAGAACAGGGGGACAGAACAGGGAGUCAGAACAGGGGGACAGAACAGUGGGACAGAACAGGGAGUCAGAACAGUGGGGCAGAACAGUGGGACAGAACAGGGGGACACAACAGUGGGACACAACAGGGGGACAGAACAGGGGAACACAACAGGGGGACAGAACAGUGGGACAGAACAGGGGACAGAGCAGGGGGACAGAACAGGGGGACAGACCAGUGGGACAGAACAGUGGGACAGAACAGUGGGACAGAACAGUGGGACAGAACAGGGUCGUGA